AACGAAACAAGCCUGAGUCGAGGGUACGCCAACGCCGGCUUCAACUUUACCAGAAUAUUUCUUGAGCGACGCAGCGACUGCUUCCAAAAAACGAUUCUUGAGAAAGAUACAGCCGCCCCUUCAGUUAUAAAUCAUGGUGGUUAUGAGCAGUUAUCGCGAGCCGAGCGGCGAGAUUCGCCAUCAGGAAUCCAACACACGUGCUUUCGUGAACGAAAGGGAAUUGGGCAGCGGCACCCUUUACAUUGCAGAAUCCAUUCUGUCGUGGAAGAGCAGCACCUCGGAGGAUGGAUUCAGCCUCGAGUACCCUCACAUUUCUCUUCACGCUGUCUCGAAGGACUUCUCCAACUUCCCUCACGAAUGUCUCUACAUCAUGCUGGACGCUGACGUCGACAAUACAGCAGAGGCUGGUGAUGACGACGAGGAAGAGGAUAACUUGACAAUCGUCAGAUUUGUUCCUGCAGACAAAGGUAUUCUGCAACAGCUAUUUGAAGCUCUAAAAGACUGCCAGCUCCUACAUCCAGACCCCAAUGACAGUAUAAGCGAAGACGAUUUCGAAGGAGAAGAUACAUUAGCAGCCCUCAAUAAUAUCACAAUCCAAAGGAUUUCCACAGACAAUGGGAAUGGCCAUGAUCACAGUGACGAUGCAAUGGAUGCUGAACCAGGCCAGUUUGAUGAUGCGGAAUAACAAUGAAGACGUUGACGACAAUUAUUUGUAUGCAUUUUGAGAUAUUAAGUAAAUUUAAUGGUACAAUUUACAA